UCCUCUGAUGUGAAAUAUUUUGCGAAUUUUUACAACGUUUUCAUCCUCAUCGUUUUUUGAAGUAGGUAAUAUUUUGUAAUUGAACUAUCUUUACGCGAAAUAACUCUCGUGUUUUUAGUAUUCUGCCAAGUGUUCAUUCAACGUACGAGUAGUAACUUCUUUUAGUUAGGUACUCAGAAACUAUCAAAACGAGAUAUUCUGAUUCGAUCCAGCAGACAUCAAACCAUCAUCAAAAGACGCAAAGAUUGUUCAUUUUGACUCUAGCAUGGCUCGAUUUCUAGCAAGGUUCGCAUUAUACAAUAUGCUUAAUGUACGAGGUAUUCACCCAAAGCAGCCGGUCUUCCUCCAGCGGCGUCAGUUCGCUGAUGAAAAAGAAAAGGAUCCACUGGAAAUUUACAAAAAGUGGCAGAAUAACCCCGAAUCUGUCGACGAAUGUUGGAGAAAUUCAUUUGAGUACAUAACGUCCGACAUAAAAAAAAAUCGAGAUAUGGAGUUCAAGAAACCAGAGUCAAAGGCACAAAGAGAACUUGAAGAUGUUAUGAUAAGUUUGGAUGCGUUCCAUUUAGCGCAAAUGUUAAAAGAUAAAUUUAAGAAAGCGGGCGUCACUGUUCAGGACUGGUUGGAUGACGAAGAAACGCCAGAGAAAUAUAAAACAGAAGCAAAAAGAUUGAAAAUGAAAAAAGAACAAGACAAAGUGGCUCCCUUUUCUGUUAUGUAUUUCUUGUUACAAGAAAAAAAAUAAAUAAUUGAAGAGAGUAAAAUAAUUGGAGUGGACUGAGGGAUCACAGGAUCACGUCGACUAUGUGUUUGCCUUUCCUAAUUUCGCUGGUCGCGAGAUUUAUGUAUUUUCAUUUUUAUUUUUAAUUGAAUACACUGUGAAAGCAGCUUAAUGUUCCCAUAAUGUUUGUCCCAGCCUAAUUUAGUAACAUAAAGCAACUUAUAAAAUAAACGGAUUGAAAAAAAAAAAAUAUAGAAAACUGGUUAUUUUGGCAAAAAACUGGACUCAGUCUUCUGACAUUGACAAGAUAGAGCUCUUUAUGGAAGACCAGGUGAAAAAAUGAAUUUUUGGGCAUUCUGGCAGAAUACUGGACCUUCUUGAACAAUUUUUGCCAUACUUGACAAAAAAUAGCAUGUUUAGAGCAAUUUUGGCGAAAAAUCGUUUUUUUUUCUACAUAAGUGAAUUUACAUUAAAAAUACUUUUUCAACGGAGUAAAACCAAAGAUAGAAUAUUCAGUGUUUUUGGAAAAAAGAAAACAUAAUAAUACUACAAUAAACCAUUCUCAUAAUGAUGAAUAUUUUUUAUUCAAUGGCACUAUUCAUAAAGAUUAAAAAUACCUAUAUACAGAAAAGAAACGUACAGAAACAACGAUCGAAUAAAAUAACGUGGUGUUAAUGAUGAAAUUUUUAAAAGCCCGGGCUUCGGUUUUAAUAAUUCUCGAUUCGAUAAUAAUUCUAUACAAAAAUAUACAAAAUAUUUUCACGACUGUUCAAAAUACAAAACGAUCUACACGAACAAUAUAAUAAAAAAAAUCAGCUAAAAAUCUGUCGGUCGCAUGAUAUAGUAAAAUGAAUUAACAUUUUGGUGAACGAUUUUAAAAUAAUGAAGGAACUUAGCAGGUUAAAAAUUUUCCCAAAACCGAGCGUAUUAAA